AUGAGGGCUCCGCCCUUUACUGAUGACAUCAAUGGGGAGAUGGUGCCCCCGAAUUUCAAGCUCCCAAACUUGCACACCUAUGACGGCCGAGGUGACCCCGAGGAUCACCUCCGCGCCUUCAUCUCCGCCUUCCGACUCUACUGCCUCCCUGACGCUGUGAUUUGUCGGGUUUUUCCCAUUUUCUUACAUGGGACUGCCCGAAAGUGGUUCUGGAGUUUGGAACCGGGGAGCAUUUCCUCCAUGGACGAGCUGAUAGACUGGUUCAUCCACCGCUUUGUGUCGUCUCGACCAAUCACAAAGACUUCAGCUUACCUCUUAAACUUGCAACAGGGUCAGGGCGAGUCACUUCGCUCGUAUGCUCAAAGGUUCAACGAGGAGAAUGUGCAAAUACCUGAUCAGAACGAGCAGGUAACUAUCGCCGCCUUCACCAACGGGUUAGUGGCGGGGAUCUUCAACACCGAAAUCCAUCGGGAGUACCCCCGUACACUUCGGAAACUCUGGGAAAGAGUGGACCAAGGAAUCCGGAGUGAGGAUGUAAAUCGCAUGAAGCGAGAAGCCCAAGCAUCUCGUACGGGGCAAGAUCCCCGGCGGAGGAAAGACACCGGCCGAGGUGAACCAGGCCCAAGUGGCACUUCAAACCAACUCCGAGACCGCCGGAGUGUCUUCGACCGGAUCGUGAAAGGCAGAUCGUCCACCUCGGACGCCGAGCUGACCCCGCUUAAUUCUAGUCGGUCUCACGUUUUGGCGGUGAUGAGGCAGAACCACCUCGGCCGAAAUUCACCUGAGAUUCCCGGAAGAAGAGAUAAGAGGAAUUCCAACCUCUACUGUGCCUACCACCGAGAUGUGGGGCACGAGACCGAAGACUGCAACGACUUGAAGCGAGAAAUUGAAAACCUGAUCCGACAAGGAUACCUGAAGCAGUUCGUCCGCAAAGAUGGGGGCUUCAACCGAAGUGCCUCCCACCGGGAGAGCCGAGGUCCUCGCCGAGAAGACAGGCGGGACACUAAGCUUCAAUGCCGAGGUCCCGAGGACCAAAAGAGGGAUCAGAGGCCCCCACGCGACGGAUCACCAGGCUACGGCCCAAAUAUUGUCGGGGUGAUCAACACCAUCUCAGGUGGCCCAACGGGAGGAGACAGCCAGAACUCUCGAAAGCGGACCUACCGCCAAGCCGGUAUGGAGGUGGCCGAGCCGAGCUCUAGGCUAUCCGAGGUGAUAACCUAUGGUCCCCAUGACCUUGUCCCCACCGCCUCCAGCAAUCACGAGACCCUUGUGAUUGAGGUCCUUACCAAUAAUUAUAUAGUCAAGAAGGUCUAUGUCGAUCCCGGAAGCUCGGUAGACGUCCUGUACUACCGAACUUUCGAGAGUUUGAAGCUGACCCGGGAGCAACUCACUCCGGUCAGAACUCCCCUCGUCGGCUUCGGGGGACACGUCCUCCACCCGGAGGGUAUGUUGACCUUGAUGGUGACUAUCGGGCGCCAUCCCUACUGCCGAACUGUACCUGUCAGUUUUGCGGUGGUCAAAGCAGACUCUCCCUACAACAUGCUGAUAGGCCGGCCCACGCUCAACGCCUUGAGAGCCGUAUACUCCACCUACCACCUGAGUUUUAAAUUUCCGACACCUGCGGGGGUGGCCGAGGUAAGCAGCGACGUGGGCGCCGCCCGGGAAUGCUACCUCGCCACCAUUCAAGCAGCAGUCACACCCCGACCCUCGCCGAGGUCAGAAGAAAAGAGGCCAGCGGUCCUCUCCAUAGACUGCAUCGACCCUCAGAAGGCAGGAGAACCCAACAGGCUUGAGCCCGGGGAUGAGGUGGAACAAGUGGUCUUGGAUGAAACGAAACCUGACCAAAUAGUCCAAGUAGGGGCCGGACUCCCCUCACCCCUGAAAGAAGAAAUGAUCUCCCUGAUCAAGGACCACCGAGACGUCUUCGCGUGGUCCGCAGAUGAAGUGGUCGGAGUGCCAUCCGAGCUCAUGAUUCACCAACUCAACGUCAACUCACAGGCCAGACCUGUGCGGCAGAAACGAAAGCACUUCGACCCCGAACAUAGCAAGGCCAUAUCGGAUGAGGUCGACAAGCUCUUGCCGGCCAAGAUGAUCCAUGAGGUCCAAUAUCCCACCUGA